AUUCACCAGAAUGUUUUGCCGCUUGUUAAGAUUUGCACACUUAAUUUGAGGCGUGUGAAAGCUAAUUAUCAGCGCACGGGACACCCAGAACGAGACAACGAGAUGACAAGGCCGUCUUAGAAAGACUAGAAAUCGAAAAGAAAGUGAAGGGGGCAAUUCGAAAAUAACGCGCACUAGAUGUCUCUACCAUCCCCCCUUCGAGCCGUCUGAUCGCACGAUCGCACUGGAUAGUGGGUAGUGAGGGUAGAGGAAAAUUCGUCGUGUUUCAUUCCCGGGCGGUACUUCGGGGCUCGGAUUAAUCGUGCCUGCAAGCAAGUACGCCAGCCACCGCCAAACAUGGGAAACGAAAGCUCACUCCCGAUGGAGAUGUGCUCCAACUUUGACGCUGAUGAAAUCAAAAGGCUCGGCAAGCGGUUCAAGAAGCUAGACCUUGACAAUUCGGGAUCCCUGAGCAUCGACGAGUUCAUGUCCCUUCCAGAGCUCCAGCAAAACCCUCUAGUACAGCGUGUAAUAGACAUAUUUGACACGGACGGAAAUGGAGAAGUGGAUUUCAAAGAAUUUAUUCAAGGAGUGUCUCAAUUUAGCGUUAAAGGCGACAAGGAGUCCAAGCUGAGAUUUGCCUUUCGGAUUUACGACAUGGAUAACGACGGCUUCAUCUCCAACGGGGAGCUGUUCCAGGUGCUCAAGAUGAUGGUCGGCAACAACCUGAAGGAAGCGCAGCUCCAGCAGAUCGUCGACAAGACCAUCCUGUUUGCCGACCGCGACGAGGACGGCAAGAUCUCUUUCGACGAGUUCUGCUCGGUUGUCGGCAACACAGAUAUCCACAAGAAGAUGGUGGUGGACGUUUGAUGGCCCGUCGCGAAGGCGUGCCCAUAUCUCGACGACUUGAUUUUAUCGCGGCCCGUUUUCCCCUUCCGGAACACUUCAAACGUGUGCCCCCUUGUUUCCUGCCGUUAUCUCUGCUCCAGUCGAAGAGGAAAGCCGAUGAUGAUAAGCAGCGGCCAGUCCGCGGUCCGCCACGGCUGCGUGUGACACGGAGCCCCGAAGCAAAGCCAUCCGGAGUGCCCGGCGCACGCCGCUGGGCCGAAACUUGGCGCUGCUUUCGCCACGUUGCGACAAACCCGUAACCUGGGGCGACCUGCACCGACGUCAUUGUGCGGCGGCCACGUUUUAAUCGGGGCCUAACGGGCUCCAAUCCCACCUUCUCUUAUCACGAAUAUUAUGUCAGAGAGAUCAGACGGAGGCGCACCGACCUAAUUGCACGCUGUGACGUCAUGUGCAAGCUAUUCAAUAGAUGGAGGAAGAGGUUAUUCAUUUAAUGCCGUGUCUCGCCACGUCGUCGUUCUAGCUUUGUAGGCCCGCUCGACUUGUGACAAAUCAAAAAUGCGAAGUCCUGGCUGUCUGUAGCAUGCUUACGUUCAAGUAGACUUUAGUUAAAGGAAGAGCUGUGUUGUAUACCUGUACAAUAGGGAGCGCUUUGUACUGUGACGUGCAGUAGGGUACUUUUUGAGAAUUUCGCAACGUAGCUCGCUUGUUAGCGUUAUUAUCUGUGGCACGAAUCGAAGCCUGGCGGUCAUGCACACUUUGAAAGCUCUCUAAACAAGGCUGGUGUCGAAAGUGAGAAAGAUCUGCAAGCUUCCACGGGCUCUGUGAAACGGGAUGUAAAGUCUAUAUAUACCGGAGAUGUGCCUCAGUUUCGCAGGUUUUCCUGUCUCGUUCAUUGGGGGGGGGGUGUCUGCUAGCUUCCUAAUUAGAUGCAGAUAAAUGCCAUACCAUGACGAAACGAGUUUUAUCAAUGACAAUGGCGUGGCUCGCGAGUAUAGUCUACGCUGUCGAUGCAGUCAGCUGCAGAAUGUGUCAGCCUCAUCAAAUGGACAGUUGCACGAUAUCAGGGACAUUGAAGAGAAGCGCGUCGUGCAUCGCCUCAACAAAUACGCAAGAAUCAGUGUGAUUGGCCAAUGGCAGCGCCAAUUUCCAGCCGCGUGCGUCGGUUUCCAUGCAUCUUAUUCUAUUUUACACAUUGUUGGAAAUAUACAAUAUAUAUUCUGAAUAUUGUGUCAAUAAGGAAGACAGGUCGAAAUGGCUCCACGUGGAUUGCUCAUUAGUGCUCAGGGUUCCCAGAUUUGUAACAUUAGUCGGUUACAUUUUUUUUAUUUAGUACUUGCGAGCUUCAUCUGGAAUUAUGUAAAGUAAUUAUGUAAGCAGGUAAAGUCAGUUACAACUAAUGAAAAAACGUUGGCUCCGCCCACAGGCAUCGCUGCCCACCUACAGAGAAUUUCUAUAAAUGCUCCAUCCAACAGCGUUCGCUCAUUUUAAGGACCUCACACUCCUCUGUUUCAUGUACACUGUUUCACACACUGUUUCAUGUACACUCAAACCUCAUUAAUAAUUUCUUAUUAUGCUUUAUUUAUUGUGAUUUUUUCGUAACUGCCCUUACUCAAUGCUCUUUGGGGCCUGUGGAAUACCAUGGUACCAUGAAUACAUAAACUUAACAAACUCAGGUAUAACGAAACAUCAGUUACAAUAAAGUAAAUCAAGUCUUGCUAUAUGGUGUAGAAAAUAUAUUUUUAUAACGAAAUUUUGGAUGUUACGAAUUCGUUUAAUGUAUGAUGUAAAUUAUAGAUUUGGGUGCACGUUAAAGAACCCCAGAUGGUCGAAAUUUCAGGAGCUCUCCACUACAGCAUCUCUCAUAAUCAUAUGGUGGUUUUGGGACGUUAAACCCCACAUAUCAAUCAUUAUGGAGUAAAUUUUAAUGAGGUUCAAGUUCACUUCGUCUAUAGGCGCACACUUGUGUCGCUGGUUUCAGUUCGAAAACUUCGAUUUUUUAGAGAACUUCAUCUUGGAUUCUCACAUAGCUGCUCAGCCAAAUUUUAUAUUUUGAGUAGUAACAAUGAACCUUUAACUAUUAAUAUGUGUAUCAUUUACAUUAGUUGAGGAAACGUUCUAGUGGUUCGAACGUAAAGCAGAUGACAUGACAGCUUUUCACCAUUCCAUGGUGCACACACACUAUGGUUCUCAAGCGAAGUCUGGGUUCAGCGAUUCCAAGCUAGGAAGGCUUUCUUUCUGAAAGUGAACCGCCCACUGCAGCCCUACUUGGAAUGAGUUUGCUUUUAUUGCUAGAGAUGGUGCCCAUUUGCCUUUGGCCGUAGGAGGGCGCAGUCUACGCGUUGGUUGUGCCAAUGUAAUAAGCUGAGUACUUUGACUUCGCUAUGACAGGAAAUUGAUUGUGGAGUGCCAGCUUUGCAUGAAACUUGAGCACCAGUAAGCUGUCAACUUUAGCUGGAACAGCAAUGCAUACUUCGUCGCCUUAUUGACACAAUAUUCAGGUGUACAAGAUGCGCCUUGGCUUUCUCUCUCUCUCUUUUUUUUUUUCUCCACUGUAGAGGCACAACCUCAUUGCCAGUUUCUUCACGCAUCAGGAUGGCAUCGUGUCUUUGCGCAUUGUCAACGUAGCUCAUGAACUUCGCUCCUCGGCAGCCCAUUUUUCUUUCAACACUGUAAAAAAAUUUAUUAAUGUUAAAAAGACACAAGACAGAUAAGGGAAAAAAGCUGCAGGGGACCCUGAUGCCUGUUCUUGUGAGAUAAGACCUCGAGAGCGUUUUUUUUUGGCUAGGUUGUUGUUAUAAGUGGAUGCUGCUAUGUCCACACCUUUAUUCUAAGCUGCUUCUACUAGUAGUUGCUACGCUAUAGUGACAUGCAUUCCAAGUGUAACUGCAGCGGUGCCAGCUAGGUGUGCCCUUUUGGCAACCUAGCCAUGAAAUGCACUCGCGUAAUGAAAAGCUGUACACGCGUGGAAUGCGCCCGCCAAAGGAUAAAAUACUGACAACGCGAGCAAGCAAAUCGAGAAAUGAUGCUUAACUUGUCUGAAGGCUGUUUCACAUGGUGCGAAAUACAGCAAUUUUUGAGGCUGCGAAUUUCUUCGCAGCAAACACAGCAGUGGAUCGCUCUUGCCACAGCGGUCAGUGGUGGCAGCCAAGUUGUUGCAAGUUUUUCGCUGCAUUCUUAGCAGCAUAACUUUUCUUUUUUUUUGUCGCGACAUGUCUUAAGUGCACCCAGUCGGCUAUGUCAACGUGUUUGUUUUAGUAGUUGCUACUGUUGUUUCUUUUUAAAGUAAUUAAGAUUCUAAAGUGUUUUCGUAUGACAGAAAGCAAGUGCCGUUUGUUACCACUCAUGAAAACUUGAAGAAAAGUGUAAAUUUAAGAGCUCGUUUUUUUUGUUAGGCACAGUAUUACUGAGAACAGUCUGUUAGUUCUCAUUGAUAUCAUGAAAACAAUAUUGCAACGCACAGGCUUUUACAUUACAUCUGAGAAAUUGCGUAGCAUCUGCCUCAAAGAACGGCAGCGAGCAACUUUGCUCGCUGUGCCGGUAGCAGAGCGAAAAUCUCGUACCAUUCUCAGCUUGUGUUGAAAUCACCAUCUUAGCGGCAGUAACGAAGAGAGUGAAUAGAGCUAUAUUUUUUUUUUUCUGUAAUCGCAUCAUGUGAAAUAGCCUUUAUCGUAUCUUUUUAUUGUGUCGUCAGUGUUUUCUCUGCGUGUCAUUACUCGUAGUCACAGUAUGCUUUAUUGCCAUAGGCAAGCUUGUUUCUUCUAUAUCUUUGCUAAAAACAACAAUUCAUCAAGAAGGCUGUCUCUCAGCAGGUGUUACUGAAUUGUGGUGACUACACCAAGCGAUUAAACGCACGCUUCAUGCGCAACCAAACGGUUCGCGUUGGGGAGGAUUAACUUAUUAAAAUUUCUAUUUUUUUUAUCUAGCAAUGACAUUACAGUUGGACGGGCACCGAGCCCAGAUUGCCAGUCAGAUGGCCUCUUUUUUUCUUCCUCACCAAAAAAUCGCUCUUUGUGUCUUGGGUUGAAAGUUCACCAGCGAACACAUAUUCACACUUGUUUUGGGUGUUUCGUAUAGUGUGUCGCACGAACGGUUGAGGGAAAAAUGCAACAUGAAACUCUAGUCGGCAUGUGACACUCACUCUUUUGCCGUAACUUCAGUGUCCUUUUUUUGUGCGUGUGUGUGUGUGUGCUGUCCCUUUUCCUCUUUCUUUCCUACGAGUCUUCUUUGUGUCUGGACACUUUCCUUUUUCACGUCGAAUUGAUACAGUAGGUCUUUUUCAUCUUCGUGUGCCAUGGGCGCCGCUAGAGCUCCCAUUUAGUAAAACUGACUACCUAACAUACAAGCAGUGCUGGUGCCCAUAUUUGAAUCAGGCUAAUGGGCAGCUGUCGCCAAUCUUGACGAAGUUGGUCUGGCUGCCUCGACUCGUCAAAAGGUCACGAUCAACACGUUGCAUCAACACCUUUUGUUCGGGCAUUAAUUUACCCUUUUACAUGUUUGUAGCCUUCAUCGUUCUUAAACUAUGUCCGAGGGUGAACUUCUUCAGCUUUUUUUUUCCCCAACUUGCAUCGCCCUACAAAGUUAACAUUUCUAGUUUGUUGAACGGUGGCAACAAACUCAGUUGUAAUCCCGCUUUUCGCGGGAACCUAAACGGGGACAUGGUGGACGCGUUUGUUGCAUUAGUAGGGUCGCCACGUCGCACCAUCAAAGUGAAGUGCGUGUAAUGGUCAGAAUUGCGCCUUGAGCUUUCUGUUCCGAAGUAGAUGAGAUUCCUCCAACACUUUGUGGAUCAGUGCGGACUUUGAUAGGUUUGAUGGCUUGACAGCUUGGUGUGGUUGCAUUCGUACAUUGCAACACUGAAGACAGAGUGAGAAAAACAAUGGGCAAGUACUGUUAGCAAUCGUCUAUUGGUGAUAAGGCAUCUAGAACCUGUAUUCGUAGACACCAGCGGGCCUGUACGAUACUGUGAAAUACAGUUUCGUGUUGGUCCUUCUCGAUUGGCUUUUUUUAAAUGGGGAGCACAAGCGAUCCGAAACGAAACAAUGAGUGAACGCAGUAUUCCGUAACCUGGAGGAUUACAUAUUCUUCCGUACUUGUGAGUGUUGUGGGAAUGAAACGGUAUAUGUUUCUGUAGAAGCUACUUGUAAUAGACCUACUACUACUGUUCCUGUCUCACCUCUUGCAUCAUAAAUUAGUGACUGACCUUCACGGCAAGUCAUGGAACAUGGCAGAGAUGUCUUCACAGGCUUAAAGUCACUUGUUUGUAGGCAAAGUUUUGCGCGGAGAGCCUUGCGUAUGCUAACUGAGCCUUUCCUAAUUGUGCGAGUACAUGCCUGUCCACACGCUACCGCUGCAGCACUGUUUUUCAGCAUCCACAUACAGACAUUGCCAGGUCUUCAACCUCACAUGGAUCUUUUACAUGAAUUCUGUAAUCGCGUCGCUGUUUAUCCUUUCAACUUUGUGUCCUCUGGCAUAUCAAGCCGUCUGUAGUGAGACUAGCCUAUUGUAUUUUCUGGAGUGUGAUCUAUCACAUCAGUGCAAUGUUUGUCAUUUUAAUCACAUAUGCCUUUAUGCAAAAGCACCGCUCUGGAAUGUCAUUUUGGGAUAUGUAGCCGCUUAAUACGCACCCAACUUGUGUGCAAAUGGUAGUGACUGGCAGAGAAGUUUUUGUAACUCGUUAGCAGUAGCUUGUCUCCAGCAUUGAUUGCAAUUUAAUGUAAUCAAGACUGAUUGCCCAUAUGCUGACAUAAUUAUUCACCUGGCUUUCCUUCUUUCUUCUUUUUCCUAUUUGCGCAUGAAAUAUAUGCCGCAGCUGUUAGUGGAUCAGAAAUAUGGCGGCGUCCAUGGUGUGUGCAUGCGCAGUUUACUGCGAAACUGAUGUGGAAGCUCCAAAAUAAUUCUUCACUUCCUUUGGCCGCAGUGUUUCACACAAACGAGGUGGACUGUUUGCUGCACAAUGUGGUUUGUCACUGCUUUAGUCUGUCUCUUGCAAAAGCAGAAAAAAAAUGAAAUACGCUACCAUCACGUGGCUCAUUCAAGACCUCUCAAUUUAGCGGCUGUGAUACAGGCUACGUAGUGGUGUGCAUGCUGAACAGCCUCAUUGGCAACUUUCAGCUACAGUAGCGCCAAAUGUCCCCUAGUGGCCUUUGCAUGAAGCUAGUGGUGUUCAGGGUCGACGUGUCUCGCUCCUCAUCUCGUUUUGGUAUUGUUCCUUCGACACACUCUUCCUUUAUUCCUCCACACUCUGUCUAUUGCCAGCCAUGUUUUCUAUACUUAGGAUUCUGUGUCGCACACAUCAGCCAUUUUAUGAAGGGCGUACUCACAUUUGGAAUAGAUCAGCUGAACCGUGUCGGCAUUGUUUGCUUUGUGUGCGUAGCUGCAACCUAAGUGCCGGCACAUUUUACCCAAGUAUGGCUAAUAAGAACAAAAGAAUCCUGCAGCUUGUAUCUCCUUUUACUGAUCGCACACUACACCUCAGACGGAUGCGUAGCUGCUUGCUUCUGGAUGUGCCGAAGCCCUUUCAUAUUUUUGCAAUCCCCGCUUCCAUUCUGAAUCGCUUUAUAAUGAAAUAUGCUGCAUCAGUGUUAGAGUGUCCAUGUGGAUUCGCUCACUUCUUUGCGAGCCUGUGACACAAUCCAUGUCGCGCAAAUGUUAUCGAUUCUCGAUCUCGCCGUUAAACCUUUGUGCCAAUGGGCAUUGAUACUUGUGGGAAGUGCAGACAACAAAGUGCGAAAGUUGCUCGUGUAAUUUUCCAUUUUCUGUACUUCGCUUUAGUUUACUUCGUACAGAUGUGUAUUCAUCGUGCUAGGUGACGGAACACCUAGUCCUAAUUCAUCUUGUGAUCUGUUUCUCGUGCCCUAUGUUCUAAUUAGCUCAAUUGUCACUGCCCGAUUGUUGUCUUGACUUGCCUACACAGUGCGAUACCAAUUGUAAAAUAACAAAUUCAUUUUAAUUACAAAUGAAAAUACAGCUCUGGAUGCCUUUUUUCUUUCCUGCAAACUAUAAAGCAAUUGCACCCAUUUCAGCACCACUUAUAUCUUCCUUUGAUGGAACAGGAGUGAUUACUUCAUCAAUUCGGACAGGCACCGUUUUUUCAGUAACACCGUCUCACAAGUGUGAAUAUACCCGAAAAAAGAAAGUGUCUUGUGUCUCCUCGUGGCAUGAGCAACUUUUGCUGUCGCGCUUCUUCAUUCUAGAAGAGCACAAAGAAAAGUGUUGCUCUGAAUAGGACAAGUUCCAGUUUUCUGCGUUGUUUUUCCUUUACUUAUCAGUACAGCGCGGUUAGACGCGACGUAUACGAGGCGUUUCAAUGUGCGCAUGUUUGUGUGUGUGCAUGGUGUGUGAGUGAGUGUGUACACUGUCCCGCAUGAAAAGAAAAAAGUUAUAGACCUUGCAGUGGUGUACGAAAAAAAAAGCAAAAAGUAUGAAUUUAAUGCUGCGCGUUAUUUAGCCCGUGAUUGUACCAUACGUCUGUAAAUACUCUUUGCCCUGGACUAAAAACUGCACUCUCCCGAAA